CAACGUAUUACGUACGCACUUGGCGUAAGGAUGUGCGUGAUGACGUCACACUGUAGGUUAGCUAGUAUGAUGGCAACCCGCAGGUUGACUUAUCUUCCAUGCUGAAUUGUAGACUACCAAACAAAGUUAGCGGGGGAAAGCCGUGGCGCGGUAACCCAGGUGAAUUUAAGAGGUUAAGCUAGUACACCCUUUAAACACUCAAAGCGCGCGGUUUUAGGGAAGGUGGCACUAUGCCCGCAGCGACCGUGGAUCACAGCCAAAGAAUAUGUGAGGUUUGGGCCGACAACCUGGAGGAGGAGCUGAAGAGAAUAAGAAAUAUCAUCCGAAAGUACAACUACAUCGCCAUGGACACCGAGUUCCCAGGCGUGGUAGCCAGACCCAUCGGGGAAUUCCGAAGCAAUGCUGAUUAUCAGUACCAGUUAAUGCGCUGCAAUGUGGACUUGCUGAAGAUAAUCCAACUGGGCCUCACAUUUAUGAACGAACAUGGGGAAUACCCGCCGGGAACAUCAACUUGGCAGUUCAAUUUUAGGUUUAACCUUACAGAAGACAUGUACGCACAGGACUCUAUUGAGCUCCUGACAACUUCAGGGAUUCAGUUCAAGAAGCUGGAGGAUGAAGGCAUCGAAGUGUUAUACUUUGCGGAGCUGCUGAUGACAUCAGGAGUGGUGCUCUGUGAUGGCAUCAAAUGGCUGUCUUUUCACAGUGGCUAUGACUUUGGAUACCUGAUCAAGCUUCUGUCCAAUGCCAAACUGCCCGAGGAGGAGCUUGAUUUCUUUGAAAUUCUUCACUUGUAUUUUCCAGUCAUUUAUGAUGUCAAGUACCUCAUGAAGAGCUGCAAGAACCUGAAGGGUGGACUGCAAGAAGUAGCAGAGCAACUUGAGCUAGAGAGGAUCGGCCCACAGCAUCAGGCGGGUUCGGACUCUUUACUAACAGGCAUGGCUUUCUUCAAGAUGAGAGAGAUGUUCUUUGAGGAUCAUAUCGACGAUGCAAAGUACUGUGGCCACCUGUACGGGCUUGGUUCUGGCUCCACCUACGUCCAGAACGGAACAGGGAACGCUUACGAAGAGGAAGCCAACAAGCAGCAGUCGUGACACGACACUCGCAACCGUCCUGCAUGGGCCAGUGCGGCACAGAGGCUGAGCUUGGACAAGCAGAUAACGAUGACAGUGGUAACAACGGAGGAAGCGCUUCUUUUGUCAUCGUCUCUCUUGGUCUUAGACAAUUGAGUGAGUGUCAGUGGGGAAAAGUACCACAGUUUUCCCCCCCGACGUGACACUUGUGUGAGUUUAACCUUUUACUCCGGCAAAGCAGCACAAACAUCUGAUCGCUUCCUUUCAAUUCCACAUGCUUGAAAAAAAAAUGGGAUUUUAGUUCUCCUAAAAUGUUCUGUCGAAUAUUUUUGCACUUUAAAGCUCUAACCUGAUUUUAUAUGGAAAUGUAUCUGAUGUUGCUUUGUUGCCUUUGUCUGUGUUUACUUUGUGAACACAGCGUGUUUAUUUAAUGUUACCAAAACAUUUCGCUACCACACUCAGCCUUAAAAAUGCAUCAUUUUUAAGUUUUAAUUUGUCGUGCCGGUACUUUACUGCUACUAAAAGAUGCUGAGUUCAACACUAAGAUGCCACACGUUACCGUAUUGCCUCAAAAUGAGAAAGGGAUUAUGGGUGUGUGUUCACAUGCACACAGAGUCACACACUGUAAUUCAACUUAUUAUUUCAUCUUUGCACCAUAACGACCCAAUGUGAGAAGCCUUUAAUAUCCAUGUCGAAGCAGUCAAAUGCACAUAAAUGAUCACUGAUUCAUGCACCUCAUAUCUCCAAUGCAAGGAAACACAACGUCAGACACGCUGAAUACUCUGUUGUGACCACGUUUUCAUUUUGUUUUAAUUACGGUUGCUUGUGCAGAGUUUUAGUGUUGUAAUAAAAUAAAAGGACACUAUUAUUCCUUGGGGAAUAUGGUGUGGCAUUUUUACAUGCAUUAUUUUGUGUUGCAUUUCCGCUCUAACAUGCUGCAUAGAGGUACCGCAUGUUCAAAAGGUUUUGCACAGAUGCCGAGUCGUUGAAUAGUGUUAUGAACAUUUGUAGCUGUGUGCUGAAAUAUUAAUCAGUGUCAUGUUGAUGACUGAAAUGGGAUUUCUUUUUUUCUUGUUUUUUCGUUUUUGCAGUGCAUCCUUGGGCACUGAAGAGGGAAAAAGUGUGAGGUACAAAAGUUGUUUUUAGAUUGUUUUGUAAAUAAAGGCUCAAAGCUUUUGUAAAGUA